AUGAGCUCGUCGAGGCCGGAUCUCUCUGAAAAAUAUGCUUGCAACACUUCGCCAGACUGGCAGAAGAACAUAAAAAAUCAUGACUGGAGUGGACAUGCGCAUAGCAUGGCAGAAACCGUGGUGUCAAACCACAAUACACUCUCGAGCAAACAGCCAUUGCGAUCCAGUGCAUUACCAGUACCAGAUCGCCGUGUGACGACCCGCCAUCAUUAUCGGUUUUUGAAUCCGUCCACAGCAAUUGUACGCGAUAGAGCAUGCCAUUUACAUGCACAAACCGCUCUUAGACCGUCUGCAGGUCGAAAAUUGACAAGUAUCCUGAGUCAUUUCCAGCGGAAAAGGGCGACGAAUAAGGGUAAAGAAGAUAUUCAAGCGGCGAAGUACCCUGUGUUAUUAUGA